AUGGAGAAUCAAUGGAGGCACAUUUUCGUCUUUUAUCUAUUGUUCUCCUUCUUUCUUCUGACAGGAAUUCAAGUAGUUCAAUGUUCACCCAAUUACUACCACCACCACCGGCUUGGUGGCCUGUCCAAGCUUUUUGUCUUUGGUGACUCUUAUGCUGACACCGGGAAUGAUCAGAAGCCUGUAGCUAGGUCAUGGAAGGUACCUUACGGGAUAACUUUUCCCGGAAAACCAGCCGGCCGUUUCUCCGACGGCCGGGUUCUAACAGACUAUGUAGCUUCCUUUCUUGGAAUCAAGACACCAGUAGCAUGGAAGAAGACAAACCGACUCAGAUAUGGGAUAAAUUUUGCGUUUGGAGGGACUGGUGUGUUUGAUACGGUGGUUCCUCCUGACCCAAAUGUCACCAUGACCAGACAGAUCGACAUUUUUCAACAGCUCAYCCAAAAUGGAGUGUACAGCAAGUUUGACCUGAAUUCAUCUGCUGCUCUUGUAGCACUUGCUGGGAACGACUAUAUCACUUAUUUUGCCAAGAAUGUCAGCUCAGAGGGUUUGUCGAACUUCACUGCAUCCAUCAUCAGUCAACUAGUUAUAAAUAUGAAGCGCAUUCAUGACAUGGGAGUGAAGAAAGUUGCAGUUACAGCUAUUGAGCCUAUUGGAUGUCUUCCUGUAAUCUCAGUCUUGUCUUCUUAUCAACAAUGCAAUGAAACCUAUAACAAGAUAUCGAUCUUCCAUAACCUCUUAUUACAGCAAGCUGUGGAGAAAUUGAACAACGAGACCAGUGAAUCCACAUUCAUGAUUCUUGAUCUCUAUAACGCAUUCAUCUCCAUAUUUGAGAGACAGAAAGAACAUCCAGGAAGCUUGAAGUUUGGUAAUCCAUUGAAGCCAUGCUGCGUGGGUUUAACCAGAAAAGACUUAUGUGGAGAUAAAGAUGAAAAUGGCGUGCCUAAGUAUAUAGUAUGUGAAAAUCCUGAAUCUGCAUUCUUUUGGGAUGAUGUCCACCCUUCACAUGAAGGUUGGCAUGCAAUCUAUUCAACUUUGCAACAUUCACUACAGCAACUAUAUAUACGAUAA